AUGACCACUGCGUUGAAAAACUUUGUCACGAUCACUCACGAUGACUUUAAUUGGCCAUAUGCGGUGCCGCUUGUCGCAAAACCAGCACAACCACCUAUGAGUACCGGAAUUCGCUUGUACACUCCUAGAAUCGAUCCUGAAGACUGUCCUUGCGAUGUCCAUGGCCAAGAAACCAACAAAAACAGAUACAAGUAUUUAGCCGAGAAGGAGCGACAAAUUUACGAUAAACUAGUGGAAGUUAAUCAAGAGAUGACCCAUCUGGCGUCGGCUAUGCUGGACAACAAUUGCAUGCCUAUGGACGAAACGAUGAAGAGCGUCUACAAGACGGAUUACGCGAAAAGAGGUUUACCAAUCAGCGAAUACAGACAGUUAAUGGCUGCGGUUGACUCACCAUAUUGUUCGCCAAUUAAAGCUGAAAUUCUGGAAAUAAAAGACGGAUACAGAGAUCAUACUAGAUUCAGAUAUUCGGCUAUCGAGAGACCACAUAUUCAGCCAGCUAAACCCUUCAAUACUUUAGAAGUUCCAGAAACUUUCUCUCUAUGGGAGGAACCUUUCACCGGUCGGUCCGAAUACAUGGACACCUUUAGUAAGAUGGGUCUAAGUAACAUGAAAAAUCGACAACAGUAUCUGGAGCCAAUACCUUCGUCAAGAAGAAGAUUCGGCGACUGCAAAUUGUGA